AUGGCAAACCUCGUGCAGGAGCUCAUGCUAGAGUCGCCCCCGCCGGCAUGGUUUCUGUUCCUGCUCCCCCUCCUCCUCUUGUCUCUGCAUCACUGGUUCACCAGAAAGACAGGAUCGACAGGGCAGCUCCUCCCUCCUUCGCCGCCGGCGCUUCCCAUCAUCGGGCACCUACACCUCGUCGGUGCCCUCCCACACGUCUCCCUCCGUGACCUCGCCAGGAAGCAUGGUCCGGACGUGUUGCACCUCCGGCUGGGCGCACUGCCGACCCACGUAGUGUCGUCGCCACGCGCCGCCGAGGAAGUGCUGCGCACGAAGGUCCACAUCCUGGCGUCGUGGCCCCCUUCCGUCGUCCCCGACAUCAUCAUGUAUGGCUCAUCUGACAUCGCCUUCGCGCCGUACGGCGAGUACUGGCGGCAGGCGAGGAAGCUCGUCACCACACACAUGCUCAGCGUUAAGAAGAUGCAGUAUUUCCGCAUCGCCGCCAUAGAGGAGGUCAGCAUGGCAAUGGCCAAGAUCAACGAGGCAGCCACAGCUGGUAGUACAGUCGACAUUAGCGAGCUGCUCAACUCAUACUCGAAUGACAUGGCGUGCCGUAUCGUGUCGGGCAAGUUCUUCCUAGAAGAUGGGCGAAGCAAGUUGUUCCGGGAACUCGUCAAGGACUCCUCACGGCUUCUAGGUGGGUUCAACUUGGAGGAGUACUUCCCAGCAUUGUGUAGGGUCGGAGUGCUUAAGAGGGCGGUUUGUGCCAAGGCGGAAAGAGUGAGGAACAGAUGGGCCAAUCUGCUGGACAAAGUGAUCGAUGAUCGUCAGGAGUACAAUCUCACAAGAGAGCACAUGAAAGCUCUCCUCACAGAUGUAUUUCUCGGUGCAACAAACACGUCAGCUAAUGUCCUCGAAUUCACCUUGGCUGAGCUCAUGAGGAGGCCACACUUCAUGGGAAAGCUACAAGAUGAAGUGAGGAGUAUCGUACCCCGGGGACAAGAAAUUGUGAGUGCAACUGAAUUGAACAACAUGGUGUACCUGAGAGCAGUAAUAAAAGAGUCUCUCAGGUUGUAUCCUAUUGCACCUCUCCUUGCUCCGCACCUUGCCAUGGCUGACUGUACCAUCGACGGAUACAUGGUUCCCGCAGGGACGCGUGUCGUCGUCAAUGCAUGGGCCAUUGGGAGGGAUUCAAGCUCCUGGGAGGAUGCUGAAGAGUUCAUACCUGAAAGAUUUACAGAUGAAGGCAAUGCUAGGAAUGUCAACUUUAAGGGAAAUGAUUUUCAUUUCUUGCCAUUCGGGGCAGGACGAAGGAUAUGCCCUGGUAUAAACCUCGGAAUCACCAAUGUUGAGCUUAUGUUGGCAAACAUCGUGAACCAUUUUGACUGGGAACUUCCGAUUGGGGUUGAGAGAAAAGAUAUCGAUAUGACAGAGGUGUUUGGGAUAAGCAUUCGUAGGAAGGAGAAACUAUUGUUGAUUCCAAAGUCACGCAUGUAA